AUUGAACUCUUCCUUCAACACCUUUUUUCUUCAUUUUCAUUUUCCCUUUUAUCUUUUUCCAAGACAAAAAAGUUCCUGGUAAUAACGUGUCAGCGGUUAAUGUGAUGCUCAAACUUAAAUGGGAAUUAAUCGAAAACGAUGAAGAGAACUGGACUUGUUCACUCUAACAAUAACAAUGUCAACCAUGCUGAUUUUGCCGAGAAUGCAAAAAAAGAGGAAAAGGAUUCAGAAGGUAGUGUUACAGCUAAUCGAGAUAUGCCUGUUCAUGAUUGUUUAACGGCUCGGAAAAUAAUUAGACUUCCUGGUUUGAUUGAUGUUCAUGUUCACCUUCGAGAACCUGGUGGAGAAGAAAAGGAAGAUUUUAUUAGUGGUACUUCAGCAGCUUUAGCUGGAGGUAUAACAAUGGUUUGUGCAAUGCCCAAUACUGAUCCUGCUAUCGUUGAUGGUGAUACUCUUAAUCAAGUUCGUACACUUGCUAAAUCAAAGGCUAAAUGUGAUUAUACAUUUUUCCUUGGUGCAACUCCUUCCAAUGCUGAAUUAUUACCAAGUUUAGCCAAAUCUCAAAAUCCCGUUGUAGGUCUUAAAAUGUAUCUUAAUCAAACAUUUGGAACAUUAACAAUGUCUAAUUUUGAUGAUUGGAUAAAACAAUUUGAACAUUGGCCUAAAGAUUUACCAAUAGUUGCUCAUGCUGAAGGACGUGAUACAGCAGCAAUUAUAAUGGUAGCAAGUAAAUACCAACGAUCUGUUCAUAUUUGUCAUGUUGCUCGAGCUGAGGAAAUUUUUAUGAUUAAAGCAGCUAAAGAAGAGGGUAAAAAAGUUACCUGUGAGGUGUGUCCACACCAUCUUUUCUUGUCGGAAGAGGAUGUAACUUAUAUUGGUGAAUCAAAGAGUUCAGUGAAACCACCAUUAGUCAAAAAGUCAGAUCAACAAGCUCUCUGGGCUAAUCUUGAUGUUAUUGAUUGCUUUGCAACGGAUCACGCACCACACCUUUUAUCCCAUAAACAUAAACAAUUUUGUCCCGGUUUCCCUGGUUUAGAAACAAUCCUUCCCUUACUGUUGACUGCAGUUCAUGAGAAAAAGUUAUCAUUGAAAGAUAUUCUCACAAAACUCUACAUUAAUCCAAGACGCAUUUUUAAUUUACCAGACCAACCUGAUACUUAUAUUGAAAUAGAUUUAGAUGAAACAUGGAUAAUUCCUGAAUCUUUGCCUUACACAAAAGCCGACUGGACUCCAUUUGCUGGUCGAAAAGUAAAAGGUAAAGUUCGACGAGUUGUUCUUCGAGGUGAGGUUGCUUUUAUUGAUGGACAAGUACUGGUUCCUCCUGGGUUUGGUAAUGAAAUAUGUCCAUUAACAGAGGUUGAUCGAAUUAAAGAACCAAUUCGUAUAACAGUUCCAGAAAUUUGUGCUGAUGUCAUACAAGAAUUAAAGUUAAAUGAUUUAUGCGAGAGCGAUAAAAAUUCGAAGUUUCCUUUCGUUUAAUAGCCAUUUUUGGAGUAAUCAAUGUUUAGUAUUCAACUGCAUAGUUCAUGUAUCUUUGCAAAAUAUACAAUUUUUAUAGUUUGAUAGGCAAAUUUUUUGAACCUCUAAUUUUAAAUAAAAUUUAACUAUAGUUUUAUACAAUAUUAACAUUUACAUUCAGAAAAUCUUUGAAUUGACUAAAUUGUAAACUGACCCUUUCUGAAUACUAAAGUUAUAAUAUGUAUAGCGUACUUCGAUGCAGCUUACUCGAAAUUAGAUUACAUUGGAAAUCGUUGCAGUACCAUUUCCUUCACUUGUUAGAUAUGUAAUCUAUAGUUUGAAUGAGAAUAUUUUGUUUCUUUUUCUUUGUUUCCUCGAUCUUUUUGAGUAAUAAAUCCAUUGCUUCUGAA